AUGUUUCAUUUGGCUAGAGGAUUAUACAACAAUUGGAACAAGAAAGAAGGUCUUGAUAAUGCAGUUAAAUCUAUAUAUAAUCCAGAUGCUAAAAUAAUUCCACCAGAAAGAAUAACAACAACAGUUGGACAAAAUGUUGGACAUAUACAAGUUAAUAAAACUUUAUUAAAAUUUUGGGAUGUUGGAGGACAAGAAUCACUUAGAUCAUUAUGGGAAGAAUAUUUUACACAUUGUCAUGCUAUAAUAUUUAUUGUUGAUUCAACAGAUCGUGAAAGAAUUGAAGAAUGUCAAUCAAAUUUAACCAAGAUUAUAAAUAAUGAUUCAAUUGAAAGUAUACCUAUAUUAAUGUUGGCAAAUAAACAAGAUGUUGAAGAUCAUCUUGAAGUUGAAGAUAUUAAAGAAAUUUUUAAUGUUAUUGCUGAACAUCUAAGUGCAAGAGAUAGUAGAGUUUUACCAAUAAGUGCUAUAAAGGGAGAUGGAUUAAAAGAAUGUAUUGAUUGGUUAGUAAUAAGAUUAAUUAGAAAUAAACAAAAUCGUCCACCAAGGUUUAAAUAA